AUGGAGGAGGAAAGAGCGCCCGAACCAGUGUUCAAAGAGCCGGUUCUUAAAAAGAAGCGAGUCGAGCAGCCCGUAGAAGAAGAGGAGAAAAUAGAAGAGAAAAAGGCAGAACUGAAGCAUGAAACCGAGUUUCUCCGCUCGAUUCCGUCCUCUUCGCAAUACGAGAAAUCGUUCAUGCACCGGGACACCAUUUCCCACGUCAUCGCCACCAGAACCGACUUCAUCGUGACCGCCAGCGUGGACGGACAUCUCAAAUUCUGGAAGAAGAAGCACUCGGAAGGCGUCGAGUUUGUCAAACAUUUCCGAUGCCAUCUCAGCGAGUUCGCUCACGUUUGCGCCAAUAUUGACGGCACUUUUCUGGCCACAGUCUGCGAGGCCGACAAAUCGGUCAAAGUGUUUGAUAUUGAGAAUUUUGACAUGAUCAACAUGAUUAAAUUGGACUUCCCGCCGAAGACCGCCCAUUGGGUGCAUCAGAGCAACGAUCCGACCGCUCAUUUGGCGAUUGCCGCCGCUGAUUCGGGCAAGGUAUUCAUUUUCCUUUUGCAAAACAAAAUUAAAAUUCUGAAAUUUUGAAGGUGAUCGUGGUGGACGGAAAAGCGUCAGCGACGCCAGUACACGUCAAGGAUAAGCUUCAUUCGUCGCCGGUCAAAAUCAUCCAGUACAGUCCGACUCUCGACCUGAUCGUAUCGAUCGACGAGUCCGGAGUGAUCGAAUGUUGGCGUGGAGAGAGAGGCGAUUUCCAGUUUCCGGAGAACAAACUCGCGUGGAAUUUCAAGCUAGAAACUGAUCUCUACGACUUUAUGAAGGCGAAAACCGUGCCGGUUUGCGCCGUUUUCGAUCCGGCCGGCCUGCGGCUGGCCACGUACGCGGAAGACCGGCGGAUACGUGUCUUCGACAUUGUGCACGGAAAAAUUGUGCACCAAAUCGACGAGACCGUCCAAAAGUAUCAUUCGGAGGCGAAGGAAAACAAGAAUUACGGUCUACAGCACAUGGAAUGGAGCCGACGCCUGGCCGCCGAGAAGGAGAUCGACAAGGAUCGCAAGAGCUCGCUGAAGUACGUGCAAAUCUGCUGGGACGCGUCCGGAAACUUCCUUCUCUACCCGACGCCGAUCGGAAUCAAGGUGUACAAUCUGGUGACGCAGGAGGUUGCGAGGACUGUCGGAAGGGAUGAAACCAUCCGAUUCGUGGCCGUUUCCCUCUGUAACGCCCUUCCGGACAUUCGACAGAGACUCCAGGGCGCUGCGAUCACUCUGGAGACCGCCGCCGCCGACAAUCCGACGCUCAACCGAAAGACGGACCCGGAUCCGCUGAUGAUCUGCUCUGCACUUCGCAAGAAUCGUUUCUACAUGUUUACGAACACUGAACCGUUCAACACGGAAGAUGAGGAAGGAAAUCAGUCGGUUUCCGGCAGAGAUGUCUUCAAUGAGCGACCGAAGAAGGAGGACUUGCUCACCGCGUUGGAUGUAAGCCGGUUUUCGACCUAAACAUUGAAAUGUUCAUAAUUUGCAGACGGAAGGCGGCGACAAGGUGCUCAACAAAGAGGCGGUCAUUCACACGUCGUUCGGCGACAUCACAAUCCGUCUGUUCGGCGACGAAUGCCCGAAGACCGUCGAGAACUUCUGCACGCACUCGCGUCGUGGCUUCUACAACGGACUCACUUUCCACCGUGUCAUCAAGUCGUUCAUGAUUCAGACGGGAGAUCCGACCGGAAAGGGAACCGGUGGAGAGUCCAUCUGGGGAGAGGACUUUGAGGACGAGUUUCAUCCACGUUUGCGACACGACAAACCGUUCAAAGUGUCGAUGGCGAACGCGGGCGGGGGCAAUACCAACGGAUCGCAGUUCUUCAUCACUGUAUGCCCGGCCGAUUGGUUGGACGGAAAGAACACGUUGUUUGGAGAGGUUAGAACAUCUAAAUUUUAGGAAUUGUUUCAAAAAUUCAACUUUUCAGGUAACAUCAGGAAUGAGUGUGGUACAACGCAUCAACCAGGUGUCCACUUUCGAGAGAAGUGGUCGUCCGCGGGAAACUAUCCAAAUCAUGUCGAUCAGUUUGAAAUAA